CUUUUUCUAACCUCAAAAAUUAGGUGACUUUUUUUCCUGCCUCUGUUUUUAUAUUUCACUAAAUAAUGUCGUGGAUAUUUGGAUAUGGACGAAAUAAAGAUCAAGGUCCGGAUUUGUCUCAAAUGGGUUUGGGAGUUCCCGCCGGAGCAGGAGGCUCCGAUGAUGGUACACCCAAAGCGCCCAGUUUGACAAACGCCGAGCGAAAGGCCAUGGAAGCAUACAGAUUCGAUUCUACAGCUUUGGAAAGAGCUGCUCAAGCAGCUAGGGAACUAGAAAAAUCAAAACAUGCCAAAGAUGCUCUAGAACUAUCAAAACAACAAGAAGCCACAAGACAAUUUGAACAACAAGCCAAAAUCAAAGAAUAUGAAGCCCACAUUGCCCAAAUGCAAAUUGAAGGUAAAAGGGCAGAGGCUGAAGAAAAAAGAAAACUGUUACAAGAAGAAACCAAGCAGCACCAAGCUAGAGCACAAUAUCAAGACCAGCUAUCACGUAAAAGGUAUGAUGAUCAAUUGGGACAACAGCAAAGAAUGAAUGAAGAAAGUCUGAAGAGGCAGGAAGAAUCUGUAGCAAAGCAAGAAGCCAUGAGGAAAGCCACCAUAGAACAUGAGAUGGAUCUGAGACACAAGAAUGAAAUGAAAAGGGUGGAAGCAGAGUUGAAAGCUAAAGCAAAAAUUGAUAGGGAAAACCGUGAUUUGACACUUGAACAAAUCAGAUUGAAAGCAGAAGAAAACAGAGUCACUGUUCUGGAGAGUAUAAAGACUGCUGGCACUGUCAUAGGUUCAGGAGCACAAGCUUUACUCACUGACUGGAAUAAAGUUCUCACAGCUGCUGGAGGUUUAUCUUUAUUGGCACUUGGAGUGUAUUCUGCUAAGGGGGCAACUAGUGUGACUGCAAGAUAUAUUGAAUCAAGAUUAGGUAAACCUUCUUUGGUGAGGGAAACAUCUAGAUUCUCACUAUUAGAAGCUGCCAAGCAUCCAAUAGAAACUUUGAAAAGUCUGAAACAAACUGAGCAGGAUGCUCUAUCAGGUGUCAUAUUAGCACCAAAACUGGAGGAAAGAUUGAGAGAUGUUGCUAUAGCCACCAAGAAUACCAAACAGAACAAGGGAAUGUACAGGAACAUUCUUAUGCAUGGGCCACCUGGAACUGGAAAAACUAUGUUUGCUAAGAAAUUGGCAAAACAUUCUGGUAUGGACUAUGCCAUUUUGACAGGAGGAGACAUUGCUCCUAUGGGUAGAGAUGGUGUGACAGCUGUUCAUAAAGUUUUUGAUUGGGCCAACAGCUCAAGAAAAGGUCUCCUAUUAUUUGUUGAUGAAGCAGAUGCCUUUCUGAGGAAAAGGUCAUCAGAGAACAUAUCUGAAGAUCUGAGAGCCACUCUGAACGCCUUCUUGUACCGCACCGGCGAACAGAGCCAAAAGUUCAUGAUGGUGUUGGCGUCAAACACGCCGGAGCAGUUCGAUUGGGCCGUCAAUGACAGACUUGACGAGAUGGUCGAAUUUUCUCUGCCUGGAUUGGAGGAGCGAGAGCGGCUUAUCCGGCAGUAUUUCCAGAAAUUCGUGCUGGAACCAGCGGCGGAAGGGAAACGGCGUUUGAAGGUGGAUAAUUUCGACUAUAGUGCCCUGUGUAGCAAAAUGGCCGGAAUGACGGAGGGUAUGUCCGGUAGAGAAAUUGCGAAAUUGGGAGUCUCAUGGCAAGCAGCCGCUUAUGCGUCAGCAGAUGGUGUCCUUACGGAAAAAAUGGUACUAGAUAAAGUCGAAGACCAUGUAAGGCAGCAUAGACAGAAGGUUGAGUGGCAAUCAGAGCAGGAGAAAAAAGAAUCCAAGAGUAUAUAUCACUCUGAAAAAGAAGAUUCCUAUAUUCCAAUCCUCUCAAAAUCAUUGGAAGGUGAAGAAGUGAAGAUUCAACCAAAUGAAGCUGAUAAGUCCAGCCAGUCCUUGAAGAAAGAUGAUAAAAGUAGCAGCUAGAAGUGUAGAUCAAUUCAUUACAGAUAUGAAGGGGUGAAUUGAAAGGUUAUUUGACAGUUUACUUCAUACCAACAACUAGGAAUUUGAAAUUUUUAAUAAAUUAAAAUUAGUCUCCAGAGAGUUGCAUUUAUUGUUAUUGUUUGGAUCACUCUCAAAUUGUACUCCAGUGGGGGGGAGUCCUACUUUUUUAUAUUGAUUGUAUAAAAUAUUUUAUAAAUUUAUUUUUUGCCUGGUCUUGUGAUAGUUUGGAUGCGCCUCAGGGAAGAUUAAUUAUUGUUCUCUGCAUUCAAGUUCAAUGUGUUAUAUUGUUAUUUGUUCACAAAACCGAUUCGGGAAAAGAGAAAUAAACUUGUUUUCUU